AUGCGCGCCUCGCAAAUCACGAUGCGGCCGGACUCGAGGGCGGCAGCGAUCCGAACCGCUGGCUAUCCUUUGGCCGAGCUCGCCGCGCUGGCAGCAGCAGAUCCGCCUUAUGAGCUGGACCGCGCGACAGUGCAGACGUGGGUGAGCGAGGCCCUCUCGAGCGCGACCCGAGUCCUCGGCACUCGCUGCCACCCCGGUGAGUCCGCUUCUGGCUUUCGGGAGUGCCAGGGCAGGCAGUACCUCGCGCCGCUGCGCAGCUCGGAGCUUCCUGCGUGGCCGAGUGCCGUCCACGAGGCGCGUGCCGCCGAGGAGGGAGACAGCGAGCAGCUUCCGUGCGACAUAGCGCGGCGCAGCUGGCCGGACCUCACGGCCGACGCCUUUGAGAAAGGCUUCAACCAGCCGGGCAUCCCCGUCAUCGUGAGCGGCCUGACGGCGGCCUGGCCCGCGGCCGCUUGGGCAGAGGAGGAGGGCAGCACGGACGUCUCUCACCGGGCAGGGCAGUCGCUCGCGCGAUCGCUGAUGCGCCGCGCCUACGCCCUCCCGCCGUACGCGCGAGCUAACCCGGCCUCGUUCUUUGGCGUGCGGCCCUUCGCGCACGGCGAGACGCUCGACAACCAGUACGUCAACUUGGACGACGUGUCCACCGCCUACCGCCACCUGCUGCUGGCGGGCUACUCGCCCGUCCCGCUCGUCCAGCCGUCGCUGCUGCGCACGCAGCAGUGCUUCCCUCGCCGCGCGGACGUGACGGACGCGGCGGCACAGCAGGCCUCGUUCCACGUCCACUCGCGCUGGGCGCUCGUCUCGGCGGGCGGCUCCGGGUCCGCGUGGCACAUCGACCCGUGGAACACGAGUGCCUGGAACGCCCUCCUCUCCGGGCGCAAGCGCUCGCCGCGCGCAUUCUUUGGGCGGGUGCUGGGCUCGCUUCCGCCCGAGGAGCGGCCGCAGCAGUGCGUGCUCCGCGAGGGCGAGACGAUGUUCGUGCCGUCUGGCUGGUGGCACGCCGUCCUCAACUUGUCGCCCACGAUUGCAAUCACGGAAAACCGCGUCGACGGCGCCAACCUCGCGGCCGCGCUCGAGGAGAUGCGCGCGGCAGACCCGGCCUCGGAGAGCGGGCGGCGGGCGGCGACCGCGUGCCGGCGCCUCAUGGAGGGGCAGGCUGACCGCGGCGAGUACCCCCGCGACUGCGCGCAGCGCCUCGACCCGAACGCCGUCAGCGAUGCCGACAUGGCGGAUUGCGUGCGCCGGCUCGAGACAUGCAGUGGAGCAUGACGGUCACGGAUCGCCUCCUGUUGCGUGGCGGGUGCAACCAGCGAACCGCAGCGGAACUGCUGCCCAUAAAGGGAUCCCCGCACGUUGUUUUGUGACUGACUGUGUAUAUGUCGGUUGCACAUGAGGCGUGAUCAAAAGAC